AUGGAGUGCCCCCCAUCACCGGAUCCUGAACCUCUUGUAGAGCCAAAAAUGCCACCUUUAGAUCCAGAUCCUGGGGCAAAUGCUGAAUUCCACACAUGUUCUGAUGGUUUAGUGUUUAAUCCCAAUAUUGGACAGUGUGUCCCUCAAGCAAAUUACCCACAGUGUCAGCCUGAAAAACCUCCAAUGUGUGAUCCUACAUGUGAAUGCCUCUAUCCAUCAGAAAGUUGUUCAGAGUACUACAAAUGUAACACUGAUGGGAUACCAAUAAAAAAAGAGUGUUUGGGUGGCCUCCACUUCAAUGAUGAAACACACUCAUGUGAUUAUCCAGAAAAUGUUGGAUGUUCAGAAAGGAGAAAAAGGACAUUUAAAAGUCAAGUUACCAAAGAAAACCACUUCAUUAAACCUGAAGACUGCAGUUAUUUGAAAGGUGUAUUUGCCCUGGAGGGUGAUGUGUCAUCUUAUUACCUUUGUAGUCAUGGAAAUGCAUUCAUGCUUAGGUGUCCUGAUAAAGCAGUGUUCAGCGGCAUACAUGGAAAAUGUAUAUUAAGGAAAUAA